AGCCCGCUAGUUUUUCUUCUUUUAAGCGGGCAGCAGCAGAUAAACAGCAUUAGUAGAAUAAAACACUUGAACCGAAGAAGACGAACCGCGGACACCGCGAGCAAAUCGGAGGCGAGAGCCCAUCUUCUUCGAUUUUUUUUUUCUAGAUUUUAGUUUAGUGGUUUGAUCAGUGCGCGCGGGUUUCGUGCGGCCCAUCAUCCAUCCUCAGUGAAUCAAAUCAUCUCAAGUGACAAGAUUAACGGGACCGAACAAGAGCGGGAAAAAAAACACAAUAAUCGGAUUAAACAAAAAAAAAGUGCAUUCACGCGAGGAAACAAAAAUUUUCCGGUCUGAAAUUUUGUGAUUUUGCAAAAUAGUUCUACUUGUUUCUGUGUGUGAAAACAAGAAAAAAAAACGGCGGACGAAGUGCGGGAGAAACGAAAUCAGUUGCUGCUGUUUCAUUUUCUUUCCUCUGGAAAACAGAACAAAAUUUCCGCAGUUUGCGCGUUGAAGAUAGUUUUUUUUUCACACGAAAACGUGGACAAACUCAGUUGCGCGGUUUUAGUUCUCUCGGUGGUUGCUGCGGACCAUUGAGGACAUCGAGGGGGAGAUUAUUUCAGCGAAGAUUAGGGCAUAAGGAAACAGUCGCCAUGAUCAACAGGAGUUCGAGCCUCAAGGGGCUCGAAUCGAUAGGAACCUUUCUAAUAGUAGUCACACUGCUGGCCGUGACGUCACACAUCAAUGCUGCACCCAUGUACGAGAGCGAUCAGACUGACCUAGAGAAUUAUGGUGAAUCGACAGGAUGUUACUAUAACUACAAUCACUACAGUGAGGGCGAUCGUAUCAUGACAAACGAACCCUGCCUCAACUGUACCUGUCACGAUCGUAUGCUGAUGUGUUACCUGCGGGUGUGUCCAUUCACCAAAGCCAUCGGUCAGGACUGUACGAUUGAGAAACGGGAGGAUCAGUGCUGCCCGGUCAUAACCUGUCCGGAAGUCGAAGUUCAACUGGUGGACCACCAGACGGCAGGAAGUCCCGAUGCUUCCGGAACCCCAUCCACGGCAGUCGGUGAACCGGAUCAGUAUGGAUGUUCGAUUGAAAACAGAUUCUAUCCGGAAGGAGCUCAAGUGCCAUCAAACCCCCACAAGCCUUGUGAAUUGUGCUACUGUAUCCGUAACAUGACUACCUGUGUGAUGCAAGAAUGUACGUUACACAUUGAUGGAUGUCAGCCAAUCUACAAUAAAGGCGUCUGCUGUCCAGUACGAUACGAUUGCGAUCACAAACGAGACUCUACUCCACUGCAACUGGAAGAUGAGACAACAACAACAGUACGCCCGACACCUGGCUUCAUCCUGACGACCACGAUGUCUCCAGCUACCACGACGGAUUGUGUCCAUAGUGGCGAGGUGUACGCGGACGGUGCCAUGAUCGUAACCGAUAAACCCUGUGAACAUUGUUACUGUAUGCGAGGAGACAUCGUAUGUGCGGUCCAGGAGUGCGGUACUCCACUGGAGAAUGAAGGAAAGAACUGCACGGCCCUCCCGCCGGCACCAGAGCAAUGCUGUCCGGAUACGUACAUGUGUGAUGGUGGACUGGAAGCCACUACUCUGCAACCAGCUUCGGGUGAUAAAUUGGCCGAUGAAGUUGCUACCACGACUCGACCUUCGAUAGCCAGCAGCGACGAGAGCAAACCAACCGAAGACGAGGAAGAUGUUCAGCAGCAGCAUAUCCCACAUGAAGGUAUUAUGGUCGAUGAUAAAUCGGAAAGCGAAGAGGAAGAUUUUGUCGGAGAACCGAUUCAACACGAAGAUGCGGAGAGUGAAGAUGACGAAAUUGAGCCCGAAGUUCCGGUUGCCCCAGCAGCUGAUGAAAAACCAAUCGCUACAACUGCCCAACCUAUCCACGCUGAUGAGAAAGAAUCUACAACCCCAGCUUUAGUUCAGGAUGAGAAAGAAACAGAAUCUGAACCUGCACCGGCAGCUCCGAUUGCUUCCGAUGACGAAACACAGGAGGAACCUCAAGUCACGGACGGACCCGCUGCGGCAGCAGCCGAUGCUAAACCCGAAACCGAACAGGCACCCGAGAUUGAAGAACCGAUUGUCAGCCACGAAGAACCAGCUACAACUGGACAACCGAUCGAACCCGAGAAGGAUCUAGCAGCACCGACAGCCCAUGCCGAAGAGGAAAUUGCUUCUAUCACCACGACUGCACCGAAGGAAGUGGAAAGUGAGGUACCGGCAACCACAACUGCUUUCGCGUUCACCGCUAGUGACGAUGAUAUCGGCCAAACGACGGAAAGUCGAACAUACCUGCCACCAGUCCAUGAUUCCGAAGCUACUACUGCUCGUGUCGCACCAGAAGAAAUCACAACUCCGGCAGCUGCUGAGGAAGAAGCUCCAAUCGAAUCCGAUCAACCGGAAUCUCCAGUUGAAUCCGAUCAACCGGAAGCGUCAGCUACCACCAUAAAGGCGAUCGAAUCAACUACCUACACUAAAGAACCUGCUCACAAAUCGGAAGAUAAUGUCCCGGAAGAGCAAGACUUUGUUGAACUGCCACCAUCGCUCAUUGUUACCGAGCUACCACCGAUCCCAUCGAGUGAAGCUCCAACUACCGCACAUAUCCCUGAAAUGCCAGCCGAAGAAGUUCAAACAAGUUAUCCAUUGGAAGCGGACUCUCACGUCCUGGAUGAAUCGACCAGCUCCACGGCAGCCUCUCCAGUCGAGGAAGACAAGAAACAACCUAACUUGGAUGAACCAGUCGAAAUGAAUACCAUCAUCCCACUGGAAGACGAAAAGGAACCAGAGGAACCGCCAAUCAAACCAACCGAGAAGGUACCUGUCCAGGAGCAAAUGUUCCCCGAAGCCAUUCCUGGCGAGGGCGAUUGCUUGGUCGAUGGCAAAACUUAUCAGAACAAUGCGAUUAUUCCGGCCAGUAGCAAGUGUCAGACAUCGUGUACAUGCGCCAACAGUGUCGUUCAAUGCGAGAUGGUGCGGUGCCCAGCUGCUCCUGCCAAGGAUUGUGCUCCAGUGCCAGCCGUUCCUGGUGAAUGCUGUCCCACGUACAAGUGCAACGCACUGGAACAGGAAGUGAGCUCGUAUGAAUCGGAUAGCGACGAUGAGGAUUCCCGACCACUAGCUGAAGAUGCCAAACAACCCGAACCAACCGAGAGUUCGUCCACGGAAAGCUCGUCCUCUUCGUCGUCGAGUGGUGAUGAAACUGAAGAAUCUAAGGAAGACGACGAACAGGAAGAACAGUCCGAAAGUGAUUCGACUUCCGACGAUAGCGACGAAGAUGACGAGUCCAAUCAGAUUGAAGAUCUGCUAUCAGUGACAACCAAACGGCCAACGGUCACAACUCCAGCCAAGGUUGAACAAGAUGAACCAUCCGAAAGUGAUUCGUCCUCGGAUAGUGAUGAGUCAGAUUCCGAUGAAGUCCAAAAACCAUUCACGACCGUUAGUCCAGCUGUCAUCGCGGAAGAACCGGAAGUCACGACUCCGUCUAAGGUUUCUGAUAUUGAGCCGGAGCAACAGAAAGUCACAACUUCGGCACCUGUAGCUGAUGAAGUAUCACCAACUGAACAGCCAGCUGCACUACCCGUUGAACCCAUUGAUGUGGAAAAAGAUGAUCAACCAAGUAUUGCCACUACAUCUGCUCCUGCAUUUGACGAACAGACUACUGCAGCCGUUGCUGCUUUGGACGAAGAAGUGAAGAAACCAGAAGAUGAAGUAAUUGUUGCUGCUGUGCCAACGGAAGACGAGCCUGAACAAUCAAUCGCCGAAGUUACAACAGUUCACGUCGAUGCUCAAGCUGACGAAAAGGAUGAAGCACCAGUAGAGGAAGCAGCCACAAUCGCACCUGCCGAGCCCGAACAUGAUGCCACCCAAGCAAGUCUACCAGCGGAACACGACCAGGAAGCUCAAGAUGAAAUACAACCAACUACUUUGAAAGUACAAGAAUCUGCAAUUGAACUCACUACUUUGAGUGCACAAAAAGACGAAGAAGAAGUUGUAAAGACAACUGCCAAGGCUGAGGAACCGAUCGCUCCGGUCGAGAGCCAUGACAAACCUGCCGAUGAAAUUAGUCUGGAAGAGAAACCAGAACAGCCGGCAACCACUCUGACGCCAGCAGUUGCAGAUGAAAUCUCUCCAGCCGAAAAAGAACAGGAACUAGAACCGCAACUUCCUAUUGAACAUGAUCUACCCGAAGCACCGGAAGCUGAAAUUCCGGCAACAACCGAACAGGCUGCUGUGGAAAUUGCAUCAACAAUUCCAACACAUGACGAUGGCGUCCAUUUCCCUGCAGAAGAAGCUGCACCCGACGACGAGGAAAAACAACCUGAGCAACCCAUUGAACACGACGAUAGCAUUCACUUCCCAGAGGAAGACGAAGCAGAAUCACCGAUCCUGAAACCAGCUGUCGUUGACGAUCAUGUUGCAGGUCAUGUUGACGAAGAAGAAGAAGAAGACCACGAAACACCGAAACCAGUAGAAGCCACAACUGCCCAAGCGGAGACUGAAGCUGAAAAAGACGAGCAAGCAAUCGUACCAUCGGUAGAAGCAGAGCAGAAACCGGCAGAAGAAGAGCCAGUCACCAUUCAAGCAGUGUUCGCACCAGCGCACGACGAAAAGGAACCAGCUGAAGAAAGUGAACCAACAACAACAAGCGCACCGGUGAGCCAUGAUGAGUUGCCAGAAAUGCCAGCGGAGGAAAUUCAUCCACAGACACCACUUGAGGCGGAUGAUCAGAUUAAGGAACACGAGGAAAUUCCCGCCACAACAGUUAAAAUUGAGAUUGAAACUACACCAGCCCAUAAAGUUGAAGAAAUUCAACCGGAAGUCCAUCCUGCCGUUGAAGAUGAAAAUGUUAGCUCCGAGGAAGAACAAGAACACUUACCGGUGAGCCAUGACGUCGGUGGAGAAGACGAGGGAAGCGAUGAAGAAAGUGAAGCUGAUGUCCAGGAAGUUCCGGCUCCAAUGUUUGAAGACCAUGACCAGCAUGAACACGAUAAACCGGCUGAAGAAAUACCGAAACCAGUGGAAACAGAUCAACCGGCUGUCGUUAGUGAAACAGAAGCAGAACAACCGAAACCAGCAAUCGUCAGUGAUGAAGAGCCAAUUGAACAAGAGAAACCAGUAGAAAUCGAAGCUACUACGGUUAGCGAUCACAAGCCGAUUGAAGAGGAUGCUAAGCCCACGACUGUAAGCCAGGCCGAAGAGUUAUUAAAACCAACUGAAGCAGCACCCACAAUUGAAGAUGAUCAGAAGCCGGUAGAACAGGAGCUAGACACUAGAGUCGAAGAUGAACAAGAGAAGAAACCAAUCGACGAAGAACCCGAAGUGGUAAGUGAUAGUAAACCAGAGCCGGUUGAGGAGGAAGAAAAGGAGACACCAGCUGAAGUUGAACCAGCAGUAGUAAGUGAUGUGAAACCUGUUGAACCAACUGAGGAAGAAAAACCAUUGAUCGUGGAUGAUGAAAAGCCAACAACUGAAAUCGAAGGCGAGAAAACUCCCGAAGUUGACAGUGCUACUACAACCGCAAGUUCCGCCGACGAGGAACAAAAACCAGUAGAUGAUGAGCUACCAGCAACAACUCAAACUGCAUUGGAUGAAGAAGUAAAACCAUCAGCCGAAGAUAGUCAGAAACCUGUCGAACAAACGGAAGAUGAGCAUUUACCAGCUAUUUCAGCUGAUGAAGAAAAGACUCCAGAGAUCGAACUGGAUGAAGCACCGAAACCGACUGACGCAAUUGAUGAAGAAAAACUGGCAACAACAGCCAUCCCAGUGGAAGCGGAUUCUGAGGUACCAGCAGAUGACCAGAAACCAAUGCAAGUUGAUGUAGAGCCGGCAGCUGCAACUACUACCGCUCCUGAGAGAGACGAAGACAAAGAAGCUCUGGCACCCGAAUCCGACGAUACUCAAAAACCGGAAGAAGAAAUUCCAGUAACACAGGCUGAUGAAAUAGAAAGCUUACCUGCUGUAACUGAUGCUCCUAAACCAGCCGAAGAUGAGACAUCUAGUGCCGUUGAAGAACAAGUGCCAACGGAAGAUGAAGUUGAUGAAGAUAAACCACUAGCGACAGAUGCUCCCAUCCAAGACUCGCAAGAACCAGCUACUACUGCUAGCGCUAUUUCUGUUGAGGGCGAAAAGGCACAAGAACCGAUCGAAGAAGUGAAACCAGAAACCGAACCGGAAGCUGAUGAAGUCGAACAAAAACCAACGGAAGCUCCAGUCAAGGUUGACCAAGACAUGGAAGAAGAGAAACCAGCUGCAGAACCUACGGGAUCGGAAGAAUCUGAUGAACAUGAAGCCACAGAAGUCGUCCCAGAAUCAGAUGCUCAUGAAGAUGAAACAGAAUCAGUUGCAACAGCUGCUCCAGCUGUUGAGGCUGACAAAGAAACUGAACCAGCUGAUGAGAUUGCCAAACCAGUGGAAGCAGACCAAGCAGAGACACCAGUUUCGACAGAUGCACCAGUGCCGGCUCAGGAAGAAUCCAGUUCAACUCCAUUGGCUGAUGUUGAAAAACUACCCGAAUCGGAUGAAACUGCGGAACCGACAGAGAAACCAGCCAUUGAGCCAGUGGAAGCUGAUGAAACUGAGAAACUCACGGAGGCUCCUGUUGUCGAAGAAGCAGAGCCAACCCCAGUAAGCACGGCCGACGAACAUGAGAUCCCAGCUGUAGAACCCGUCGAAGCGGAUGAGGAAGAAAAGCCAGCUGUGGAACCCGUUGAAGCCGACGAAGAAGAAAGUCCAGUCGUCCAGGAAGCAGCUCAUGAUGUUCCGGAAGGUGAAGAACCUGUUCCAACUACUUCACAACCACAAGUAAGCGAUGAACAUAAACCUGAAGCUAUCGACGAUGAAAAGGUUGUUGAGUCUGAAAUACCUACGACGGCAGCUCCAGCAUUGGACGAAGAAUCUAAACCAGCAGCUGAAGAAGCAGACCAGCCAGAAGGAGAGGUUCCGGCUACUGUCGCGCCUGCACAAGACGCCGAAGUAGAACAAUCAACAGUAGUGGAUGCUGAUGACCGGGAGGAACCAAUUGAAGCUACUACUUUAGGUGCAGCUGAAAUUAUUCCUUCGAAAGACUCAGACGAAGAAGUGAAACCAACUGAUGAUGAAGAGAAACCGGUCGAAGUUACUACGCUUGGCGCCGAAGAAGUGAAACCAACUCCUGAAGCUGAUGAUCAGGUUAAACCUGUUGAGACAGAGGAGGAAGAGCCUAAGGCUACGGAAGCACCAGCAAUUGUAACUGAUGAAGAACAGCCCAAACCAACGGAAGCCACUGAUGAAGAAGAUAAACAGAAACCGGCUGAGGAUGAAUCAGCUCCAGUUUCCGAUGAGGACGAAAAACCAGCUGUUGAACCUACGGAAGCCUCGGUUGGUGCAAUUGACAAUAGAAUUGAAGAAGAAACGGCCAAACCUAUCGUAGAGCUACCAGCCACAACACUUGCUCCUAGUUUGGCUGAUGAUACUGACAAACUGUCCGUUAGCGAUGAAGUGGUUCACGUGGAUGAUGAAGUUCAGCAAACAUCGGCACAGCCAAUUGUGGAUGAAGAAAUCCAACAUGCUCCCGAACAACCAGCCGAGGAUGGUGAGGAAACUGAAGAUCAUUCUCUGGUACCUGCUACUGCUGAGCACGAUGAAGAGGAAGAACACAAACCAGAACCGGCGCUGGAUGCCGAGGAAGAAAGUAAACCCGAACCUGUCGAACCGUCUACUUCCAGUGCUCCUGCCGUCACAGUUCAGGAUGAACAUGAAGUAACGGAAACUCCGGUUGUGGGAGAGAAGGAUGAUUCUGAAGUACCGCAAGUUAGUCAAGAUGAAAUUCAAAGUCCAAUCGAAGAGAAACCUGUGUCGCCGGAAACUGCUAAGGUAGAAGUGACCGUCUCGCCAACUGAGGCAUCCGUUGAAGAGGAAGAAGCCCCCUCAACGCCGGCACCAGUUAAAGCUGAUGAACCUGAGCAAGAACAGGAGCGUACAACCAUUGCCGCCGAGGAACCAACAAAAGAGACUACAGUCGCACCCGUUGUUUCGGUACUCGAUAGCGAAAAGGAAGGAGAACCGAGCCAGGAUGAAGUUCAGAAACCUAUUGAAGAGGAUGUUAAACCUGCCGAAGAGAAGCCUCUUGGAGGUUCAGAUGAAGUUGUUGAAAGUGCUAAACCCGAUGUUGCAGAAGAAGAACCGAAACCCGUGGAGGAUGAUGAGGGUCUACAGCAACAAGCGAAACCCACCUUUGAUGACAAAGAAGAACAGAGACCAGUGGACGAAACAAAACCAGCAGAGCCUGCGGAAGACGAGGAAGAUUUGCAGCAACAGUCUAAGCCAGUGUUUGACGAUAAGGAAGAACAGGACAGUCAGAAACCGGUGUCUCCUGCUGCCGAAGAUAGCUAUCUUGCAGCAACAAGCACUAGUAAACCAGAUCAAGGUGAAACUCCGGGACCAUCUUACGGUCCUCCUGGUCAGCAUUACGAUACUGGUUACGGUCAUAUGCCACCGCAUUAUCCACCAUCAUCGUACGAAGACGAUUACACCGACGAGGAAGAUCCGGCUGCGUUCGGUCCUGGUACCUGCCGAUACGGUGGCAAACUGUACGUCUCCGCACAGCAGAUUCCACGUGAUGAUCCGUGCGAUUUCUGCUUCUGCUUCCGAAGUGACAUCAUCUGUCUGCAGCAGUCCUGCCCGCCACCGAUCAGCGGUUGCCAUGAAGAACCGAUCUCCGGUUUCUGUUGUCCACGGUAUGAGUGCCCGGUCUCGAUGGCCACGGUGCUCAAUGUGACGACCAGUACCACCACGACCACGACCACGCUACCGCCGCACUUCUUGUCGCAUGCGUACAAGGGUACCGUGACGAAACGGGGUUGCCAGAUCCAGGGUAAGGCGUACAACGUCGGAGAAACGGUUGCGUCGGCCAGCGGUCCCUGCAUGCGAUGCACAUGUGGCGGAGACGGUCAGAUGAAAUGUGAACCCAAGGCGUGCAGUCCCGAGCCGAUGCUGCAGCAGAUGAUUGCCGUGGCAGCAUCUCGGAGGAGAUGAAGUGGUUAUGCUAACGAGCAACUGGAUUAGGAUGAUCGCAAGAGAAAGAGAGAUUGAGAGCGAGAUUGCGUGCGUAUAAACUUUAGGAGGUAAUCUCGAGCUAGCACUUUUUCAAACGAGAGAGAGAGAGAAAGAUAGAAUUGUAUGAUAAGGUAAAUGGUAGUGAUGGAGAUGUGGCUUUCGCGGGAACGCGAAAAGUGUCCUCUCCCGGCAAGUAGCGGAAACUAGGAAACGAUAUAGGAGACAUCACACGAAACAAUGUAGCUCAUUCAAUUAAGACUUGACUAUCUCACAGAAAGUAACAACGUAAUCACACAUCUACAUCUACACACACAUAUAUAGAAGCCAGCAGUUUUUUUCCUUGAACUGAGACAACGAUUUCUACCAGUGUUCGCUGAAUUGACGUCGGCCAUUGUGGUUAUUAUUAUUAUUAGGCAAAUGGCUGACUUUGAUGAAGCGAAUUAAAUCCAUUUUUUUUUUCACUUCGUGUAUAGGAAAAUUCUAUUUCAAAAUCUAAAUAUCAACCCUUUAGGUGGACAACUAACUGUUAGGAAAAGCCAGAACGUGAUCGUCGUGUCUCAAACAAUUACUUCUAGUCUCUCUGUUUUACAAUUUUAAAUAGAAGAAAAGAAAAAGAAAGCGAAGCACACACAACACUCACAAUGACAUAAAUCGCCGAAAUCUUGUCUUUAUGUAGUUGUUUGUUUUAGAAACGCGAUAUAAAACUGAAAAUUUUGAAUUUGAUUGAACUGGAAACCAUACAUGAACACAGAUACGAACAGCCACACGCAUACAUCGAAAAGACAUCCCUCAGAGCGCUCUUGUAAGUGUAAAUCGAACCUCAACGUGAAUGUUAUUUUUUAUACAUGGAUAUGAAUAUGCAUUUCCGUUUUUUUACGUGUUAAAAUUAUUGAUUUUUGAUGUAACACCGUGUAAUAAUCGCUAGUAAGAGGAGUGUGGAAAAGAGAAGCACCGACUCGCUUCUCGUAAUUAAUGCUCCACCAACACACCGCAUUUCGGAGCCGUACCGAACACUCACACACAUACACACGCACAGACGAGACACACUAGGUUUAAGAGAAAGAGAAGAGAAAGGCCGCCCCUAACCCUCAAACCCCCGAGAACGUAUUCAAUGCUCACGUACAUCCGCGUAACUAACCAACACAACACCGGUGACAGACCGUCGAUGAACAAUGGAUUCCUUGGAAACCGACCCAUCAAAAAGUCAUUCAGCUUUCCAAAGAACUCAUUAACUAUUGGCAGUGUUACCAAACUUUCACUCAUCUACCGGCGAAAAAAAUAAUACGAUAAUACGAGAUACCACUACAAACGAAACCAGUGAGCCACACUCAAACUUGCCUGACUAGGGGAGUAAAACAUGAACGAGAAAAAUAUACAAGUACCAACAAACCAACAACCCACACCGAGAAAGACCGACAAGAAAUAAGAAAGAUGUGAUAUGUAUUUUUAUACUUUUUAAGUGCUGCGGGCAAACAUUCCACGUAUACAAAACAAGAGCAUAGAAGAAAAAAAUCAGCAACAUCAUUCCCGAAACACACGAGUUCAUGUUUUGACCAUGGUUUGGUAGCAAGCGACAGAACACUAGGGAGUAUUCAACCGCUGACAGUUGACAGACAGGUCGACCUAGUGGUCAGAACUACAACAACAACCGCUUGAGUUGACAUCCGUGGCGGCGGUAAGCCGAGAGAAGCAAACAAAUUUACCUUUUUCCGACUCUCUGGUCGUCUCUCUCUGCAUGCUGUCAUCUUGCACUAAAUGGAUCUUUCCUCUUCCUGUCAAACACGGUUUGAGAUUGGCUUGCUACGAUCUUCGCGUCGUAUCGUAAUCGAAAAAAAUCCGAAAUUGUAUAUCUCAAUCUAGGGGCGAGCAGAGAGCGUGAAAGAUGUAAAUAUUACUUAUUUAUAGCAAGCAGAGAACAUUCAACACUAGGGUUUUAAUCAUUGUCGAACUAAAAAGAAACAAACAUGCUCGAAGUAAUGAAGAAAGUAAUAAAUAUUAAAUUAAUUAGAAGAAACCAUUAGACAAAGCUCAAAAGGACAUUGAAAAAAAGAGUAUUUUUUAUCUUAGUUUAUGUGUUUCUGUCACUUCUUUUUAUAUUUGUAUAUUUGCCAUAAUUUUAAUCAGUCUAAUAAUCAAAACGCAAUUUUUCAAAAUAUUUUUUUUGAAGGAAAAGUUGAACGAAACGAAUUAAGCAACAUUCAAGUUUAGGAAACCUCCCUUCGGACAAAAAAAAUAUAUAUUAAAAGAAGAAAAAUACAAAACGAGUAUUGACUAUCGAUUUAAAUGUAUUACUUAGCUAUUAAUUUAACCGAUACAUUCAAGUAGAUCGAACAGCAAUGAAACCGAGUGCAAAGUAGUUGAAAUGUAACAGAAGAUCGAUACAAAAACAAAAACUGACUGCCAGGAACGCUGUGUAUGUAAAAAGAACGAUACAAAAUUUACUAGGCCCCAAAACAAAAUCCUCAGAUCCAAACAAAACAAAAACGAAAGAAAACGUGAAUGCCUGAACCGGAGCGACAUUAGCUUGCCUGUGCCGUACUUUCUCCUACUGAUGCUUUCAAACGUUUGAGCAAUCGAAAGAUUAUGUACCAGGAAAACUUCAGAGAAUUUAAUAUAUUUCAGAGAAAGAAUCUACUUACAUAUGUUCAAAUUAUUGAGUCAACAAAACAUAACCUACAAUCCGCAAGUUUCGUCUUACGCGAACUCACCCCUUUGAAAGUGAUCGGAGAAAGGCAACGGCACUGCCGCGACCAGAAAUCUUGCUCGGGUUCAACCAAUUUUUAAGUUAUUGAAAACGAAACCGAAACAAAAACCGCACUCACUGUGCGGGAACAACACGUUUGUGGAACAAAACGAACCCAACAAACUUCAAGUGAAUUUUCCUUCGAAAAGAAUCGUCCCAUCCCCACCCCUCCCCCCUCCACCUUGCAGACAUUUAAUGCGUUUCCUUCCGGACACAGCAAGUUAUGCAGCAAGCACAAAAUGUGUUAAAGAAGAAGAUGCCAACCGAAAGAAAAGUGAACACGUGGAAGGAAAUUAGAAAAGCAAGAUCGCAAGAAUUAAAAAUCAGGAUAUUUUUAAGUGUCCUUUUAUACUGAAGUAAAAUUUUUACGUAAAAAUUUAAUAAAAAUA